AUGGCAGAUCACGCUGCCAACCAAGUCUACCUUGACUAUCCUCCGGCAUUGACGCCCGAGCAGGAAGAGUAUCUUGCUCAGACUGUGAAAAACUGGACUGUAGAGCAUGGGCUUACAGUUAGACCGUCCACGGCCAUCGUCCCAGAGGAGACGAAUCCGAAGAAUGUCCUAGCUACUAAUGCCCCGGUCACUCUGUUUCCGAGCCCGUUCCCCAAAGCUUGCUUCGAACAAGCUAAAAGCAUCCAGCCGGUCUACAAUGAAUUGUACGCCAGCAUUGCCAGCGACGCGCAGUGGCUGGAAGAGAUCAUGAAAGAGCUUAUCGAGGUUGAUGACUUUCUUGCCAAUCUCUGGAAGAUACAUAUGGCCGUCAAGGAAGAGGGCUAUGUUCAAGACCUAUCUCUAGGGAUGUUUCGCUCUGAUUAUAUGGUUCACACUGCGGAUCAGGCGCCACCAUCCCUCAAGCAAGUCGAAUUUAACACCAUCUCCUCGUCAUUUGGGGGGUUAGCUUGCCUUGUUGCAGAUAUGCAUACUCAUCUUGCGACCUUCCCUUCUCCGAAGCAAUCGGUGGCGUAUCCUCUGCAUCCCCUGUUUGCAAACUCGGCCGGCGACAGCACCAUUCACACUAUCGGGCAUCCUCCUCACAAUGAGGCCGUGGCAACCCUGACUGCAGGCCUUGCAGCCGCUCAUGUGGCGUAUGGACCUUCGAGAUCAGAGCCCCGACUCCCAACUUGUGUCAUCUUUCUGGUCCAAGACAACGAGCGCAACGUCUUCGACCAACUGGCCCUCUCUAGUCAUCUAUACCAACACCAUCAUAUUCCCUCGUUCCGCCUCCCAACCAGCAAGAUUCUCGCUCAGACGUCCAUACCGUCAAAGGACAGCAGUCCUUAUCGGCCGUUGAUUUACACACCGCCAUCGUCCCCGUCUACUCAGUUUGAAGUCACCGUGGUGUACUUCCGAGCACUCUACGCUCCGACGGAAUACAACACACCCACAUCCUGGGCAGCACGCCAUCACCUGGAACGCAGCGCCGCAAUAAAAUGUCCCACCAUUCUCCUCCACCUUUCCGGCUCCAAGAAAGUCCAACAAGUCCUCACCGCGAGGCCUCCCGACACUGAUCAUCUCAAAGCCUUCCUUCCGACUCACUCUGAGAGCGUCCUGGAAAACCUCCGCUCGACUUUUGCUCCACAAUACUCUCUCUCCGCCUCUGCCUCCGAGACGUUGUCCGGUGAACCGGAGGGAGUGCGCCUGGCUCUCUCUGCCGAGACCGCGGCGAACCACGUGCUGAAGCCACAACGCGAGGGGGGCGGCAAUAACAUCUACCGCACCAACAUCCCACCUUUCUUGAAUUCUAUCCCAAGGUCACAGUGGAAGCAGUAUAUUCUGAUGGAACUUAUCCGGCCACCCACCGCAGCUAAAAACACCGUUCUCCGGAGCGACGGACAGGUCGUCCGUGGCAACGUCAUUUCCGAACUAGGGAUAUUUGGCACUUGUCUGUGGAGAAAUACGCCAGGUGACACGAGGCCCGAGAUUCUACACAACACAGAAGGUGGUUACCUCUUAAGGACCAAAGGGAAGGAUAGUGAUGAAGGCGGGGUUGCCGCCGGCUUUAGCUCUUUGGAUAGUUUGAUAUUAUAUGAAGCAUACUAG